AUGGUUAAGAUCACUGGCUUCACCACACGGGAUGUGCGGUUCCCGACUUCCCUCGAUAAGACAGGUUCUGAUGCCAUGAACGCUGCCGGUGAUUACUCUUCGGCCUACUGCAUCCUCUACACAGACUCAACACAUGCUGGUCAUGGCAUGACCUUCACCAUUGGUCGUGGAAAUGAGAUCGUUUGCGCUGCCAUCUCCCUUCUGGCUCCCCUCGUCGUUAGCAAGGAUCUGGACGAGCUGACCGCCGACUGGGGUAAGACAUGGCGUUACCUGGUGUCCGACAGCCAGCUGCGGUGGAUCGGACCCGAGAAGGGCGUCAUCCACCUUGCCCUGGGCGCCGUCGUCAACGCUCUCUGGGAUCUGUGGGCCAAGACCCUCAACAAGCCCGUCUGGCGGAUCGUCGCGGACAUGACCCCCGAAGAGUUCGUCCGCUGCAUCGACUUCCGAUACAUCACCGAUGCCAUCACCCCCGAAGAAGCCAUCGCGCUUCUCAAGGAAGUCGAGCCUGGCAAGCAGGCCCGUAUCAAGGAGGCUGAGCAGAGCCAGGCCGUACCGGCCUACACCACCAGUGCCGGCUGGCUCGGCUACCCCGAGGACAAGCUGCGCACCCUGUUGAACGAGAGCGUGGCUCAAGGCUACAAGCACUUCAAGCUCAAGGUCGGAGGCAAUGUCGAGGAGGACCGUCGCAGACUAGCUAUUGCCCGCGAGGCCAUCGGCUACGACCGCGGUAACAUCCUGAUGGUGGACGCCAACCAGGUUUGGUCCGUCCCCGAAGCUAUCGAAUGGAUGCACCAGCUCGCCGAAUUCAAGCCCUGGUUCAUCGAAGAGCCGACCUCCCCGGACGACAUCCUCGGCCACGCCGCCAUCAAGAAGGCCCUCGAGAACACCCCCCACGGCCCCAUCGGCGUCGCCACCGGCGAGAUGUGCCAGAACCGCGUGGUCUUCAAGCAGCUCCUGCAGGCAGGCGCGCUGACGGUGCUCCAGGCCGACGCCUGCCGCGUCGGCGGCGUCAACGAGGUCCUCGCCAUCCUCCUGCUGGCCCGCAAGUUCGGCGUCCCCAUCGUCCCCCACUCCGGCGGCGUCGGGCUGCCCGAGUACACCCAGCAUCUCAGCACCAUCGACUACGUCGUCGUCAGCGGCAAGAAGAGUGUGCUGGAGUACGUCGACCACCUGCAUGAGCAUUUCGUGCAUCCUUCCAGCGUCAGGGACGGAUACUAUGUCACCCCCAUGGAGCCCGGGUACAGUGUUGAAAUGAAGCCCGAGAGCAUGGAUGCCUUUGCCUUCCCUGGUGAGGAGGGAAAGAGUUGGUGGCGCUCAGAGGCUGCGAAGUCCAUUCUGGAAGGCCCUCGGAUAUAA